AUGUCCAACAACAACAAAAAUAGUAAAUGGAAUCCCAGUUUAACUCAAGAACAACUAUUGGUGUUGAGAGAUAAAUAUACAGAAAGACCACAUACGGGUGCAUAUUUAUAUAAUAAAGAAGAAGGUAUUUAUCACUGUGCAAAUUGUAAUUCUCCCCUAUAUAAAAGUGACACUAAAUUUGAGUCUGGUUGUGGCUGGCCGAGUUUUUAUGAAGAAAUACCCAACAGUCUAAAGUACAAUUUAGAUUCUUCUCAAGGUAUGGAAAGAGUAGAAAUAUGUUGUAAAAAUUGUGAUGGCCAUUUAGGACAUGUUUUUAAAGGUGAAGGAUGGGACAAACAAUUAGGUUUGCCUAAAGACAUCAGGCAUUGUGUAAACAGUGCUUCUUUAAAGUUCAAACACAAAUAG